AUGCCUGGUAGCUAUCAAAAUUAUUUUAUUCAUUUUUUAUCGGAGUUUUUCUAUUAUAAAAAACGCAUAGCUCGCUCGCAUGCAAUUAAGCAAGCUAUCAGAGUAAAGCGUGAACGUCAAGAAAAGCAGAAUGUUAAAUCUCCUAUCAUAACACACGAGGGCCAACACAACAAAACAGCCGAUCAUUUAUCCCCCACUACGUCAGCACUCUCUCCUUCGAACAAAGUAUUUAACUUACAAACCUAUGAUGCGUCGAGGCUUAAAACAUUGAUAAAACAGAACUCAGAAAGACAAGCUGGUGAGCCUGUGUUCACUUUGAAAGAAGACGACGUCGAGUUUCAGGCUUUUGAAUCAGUUUUCCUCGCCGGUGUUGACGACCCUGCACUAUUCAAUGCUGUUAUGCUCACCUUCGCACUUGGGGUGACUGAUGGAAAUAUUAAUCAAGAAUGUCUCAUGUAUUCGAAUAGAUCAACUAAAUCCGUUCGCGAACGGAUGGAUCGCCCAGAAAACGGGGCUUCGGUGGCGGUCAUCGGAGCCAUUUUACUCCUCGCGGGCGUAGAGGCUCGAUUGGGAAUGCGCUCCCAGGUUCAAUUGCACAUGAAAGCAAUACGCCAACUACUAUACUUAUGCAGAGAUGAAAAUAUUUACUUAAAUGGGAGUAUCAAACACACCUACGCAUUGCAAUGCAUUCGGGACUCGCCCAAUUUUGUUUGUCGUGACACUGCAGAAAUAAUGCGAUACGAUAGCCACCAAGGGUCAGUCCAGUCCAGACUUGCAUACUUGCCAAAACCUUCUCUUUUCCCAGAAUGCUGUUAUCUUGCGACAUACAUUUCAGCGUGUCAGUUAUGCUCAAAAGCUUGGAAAGCUUUGGCACUUCCUGUUAAACAAGCGGAUAUCAAUAGCGUUUGGGAGGACGACCCUGAUAUAUUCCUCUGGCUUCUAUAUACAGGGGGAGCGUAUCUGUCUGCUGGUCCAACAUGCUCAGCCUAUAUCUCUCUUAUAAACCAGAAAUUUCCUUACGAAUUUAUGAGCGCAUAUGGUUCAUUGUCGACAGUUCUCCACAUAUUUAAGGCGUUCGUUUGGUCGGAAGAGGCGUUUAUGGCUGAAAUCCAAAGGUUUUGGGCAGAAUUGAACAAGAAGGAACUGGGAACAUAUGAUGAAGAGUGA